UAGCCGCCAUCUCCUACCUACUGCCUCGAAGCCGAUAUUGCAACAUCUCUCGGAUUCAUUGUUCGUUGUGAUAGAGUUGCCGGUGGAUCGGUGAAUUCGCAAAAUAUUUUCAGAAGCCGUCAACAGGUUGGAAAGUCGUGCCAUCGUUCCUUCUGUUUUGAGGGCAUACCUUCCAUUUCUUGUUGCUUGUGUAGGCAGCUUUAGACAUUUCAUUAUAUCAACUUCGAGAUGUCCCAACAUCAUGUUCAUCAUUUCACCCUGAAUCAUAUCUCCGUCUAUUCUCAUAUCCAAAUGUCACCUCAAUUUCUAUUACACCGCUGGAUUCAACCUACAUUUGCUUUGAUGCUCUUAUUUCAAGUUAUUCGUGUAUAUUUAAAUUACUAUCGCCUCGAUGCCAACACUUCCGCAGGAACCGCAGCAAGCACACCUGAAUCUCAACCAGGAUCCAUUGUCAUUGGAGCCGGUAGAAUCUCAGUUGACCUCUGAUCCAAAUGAACCCAGGCCUUGCACACGGAAGCUGGCCUCAAGGUAUUGCAUAGAGGCGUGCAUAGAGUCUUUAAGCUGGCGUGGAUGGCUCUGUUACCUUGCUUGUCUGCUAGUUAUCAUUAUGAUAAUUGGAAUUGUCUGCAGCGCCCAUGUAUACUAUCAUGAUAUGGGAGGGCAAGGUUGGCUCAAAUUGAAGCGGAGAAGUCAAGAACGAUUUGGCCAAGUACAGAGCUUUUCGGAAGUCUGUCUGCCAUCAAGACAGUUGGAACGCUACAAUCCGAUGUUCGCGUUGAGUCCAAGAAUGCCAGCCACUGUACCUUGGUACACCUGCGGGGAUCAGCAAAACAGUUGUGAAGCAUACGCUCAUCCAGAGAUUUGCUGUCCUCAAGGCAUGAUCUGUCGACCUACAACUCACACGACUUCAGGUAUAUACUGUUGCAAUGGAACGUUAUCACAUUCCAAUUGCCGUCUCUUAAGAGCGCAUGCAAGAUGUAGGCCCAAUUACUUUGAAUGCCCAGAAGACAUGGGAGGAGGUUGUUGCCCUAAUUCGACAACUUGCUACAGAGAUCAAUGUAUUCCGGUGUUCAAACAACCAUCCCCCGUUCGGCCGUCAAAUGGACCAACAGUGACACCCUGGCCAGCUGGUCCAGUACCAAGAGAAGGGGAAAUAGCGCAAGGAUCACGUCUGAUCAUAUCGUCAUUUUGGCGUGCUGAUUACCCUUUUUUGGCGUUGGGUUUCUUAGUCUUUAUUGGUGUCAUGAUGGGGAUGCUCUGA